AGGGUUCUGGAUGCAACAAAGGGCGAAUCCAAAACAGGGCUUAAUAGGGUAUUAGUCAGUUUUAUUGCGACAGAAAUGGGAUCCCCUUACUAUGAAUGAGGAAUAAGGAGAACUUAUUGAUUAGAGAUAAGCAGGUCACAUUUCCUAUGAUCCGACAUGAACCCAUACGGGGAUCAAACUGUAAUUUUAUAAAUUCCCUUUCAGUUCUACACAAAAAAUGCUACAUUUUUAGGGCAUUUUGCUCUAUUAAUCUCUCCAAUGUAGUAUAGUGGGGACAUGAAUACACAGGAGCGAUGAUGUCAUCCUUGACCACAGAAGCGAUGAUGUCACAAUGCUGUGCACCUACUGUACAGGCCGAUCAGGGAAAAAUCUCUUUGAUAGAGAGUGAAGGCGAAAGAGAAAGAUGGCUGUUCUUUCUGUUAAGGUGAAGAUUAUAAUCACGGUUUGUAUCCUGAUGCUGGCGAUCCUAGGGGCAAUCGCUUAUGGCGUCUACCGCUAUAUGAAAAAGAAAAAGAAAAAUCUAAAUAAAGAUGAGGAAGAACUAGAAGAAGUGGAAGUGUUUCUACCAGAUUCCAAGUGAUCAUACCAAUAACUAUGAAUGAGACCACCAUUCAAUAUUUCAUCAUUAAAGGAAUAUCGGAUGUCCCCGAAUUGCAAAUGACUAUUUUCACUGUAGUAUUGCUUAUUUACCUCAUCACCAUCGGAGGCAACAUGGUCAUUCUCAUACUAGUCUGCGUGGACUCUCAUCUUCAUUCACCAAUGUACUUUUUCUUAGCUAACCUGUCCAUUGUAGACAUGGCAUCCUCCACCACCAGUCUACAUAAGAUUCUUAUAAGUUUCAUUACUGGGGAUGAGACUGUUUCAUUUUACGGGUGCAUGACUCAGUCCUUCAUGUCUGGAUCCUUCACAGUCCACGAGUUGUUCAUCCUGACAGCCAUGAGCUAUGAUCGCUAUUUGGCCAUCUGCAGGCCUCUGAACUAUCAUCUCCUUAUGAACCAUAGGACCUGCAUCCUGUUGGCUUCUUCAUGUUGGACCUUGGGCUUUCUCUUUGUUAGUCCUCUUGUUGGGAUAUUAUCAAGUUUUUCUUGUUAUACGUCCAUAGAAAUCAACCACUUUCUCUGUGAUAUUGUCCCAUUGCUAAACAUCACCUGCAGUGACACCUUCAGUUUGAGCAUAUUAUUUUUCAUUGAAGGGUUAUUUCUCUUUACUGUUAUCCCAUUUAUUUUAACUUUUUUACCUUAUAUUUUUAUAAUCGUUGCAAUUAUGAAGAUCCGUACCAGUAAUGGACGACAUAAGGCCUUCUAUACAUGCUCCUCACACCUCACCGUGGUCAUCCUUCUCUAUACCCUUCUUAUUAGUCAAUAUUUGGGGCCAAGCUCGUCAAGCAACGUUGACUCCAAAAAACUCUACGCUCUGUUCAAUAUGGCUGCUGUGCCUCUAUUAAACCCAGUGAUUUAUAGCUUAAAGAACAAAGAUGUGAAGGUGGCUCUAAGAAGGAGGUUUGGACAGAAGCCGUGAAGUGGUCACACAAAUAUCAUGUUAGACUCUUCCUUAUUGUAGGUAAUUUAUAUGAGCAUUGACUGCAAGGUAAAAGGCCAAGGUCAUUGUCUUCUAACUGCAGAAUCAUCCCAGAAUGUUCUUCCUACCCUCAAAAAUGGAGAUAAGGCCCAAGGGCAAGUAGUGCUGCCUCCUAGGACCUGAAUUUAGUUCUAGGACUCCAAAGUGUACACUCAAGCCUGAUGUCUGAACUGAUUUUUUCCCCCAGAACCUUUAUAAAUACAUGAUACAGGCAAACUAACAAGACAUAUCUGGGGCUAGGGGAUGGAGUUUUGGCACCUGAGAAAAAAGGGUGGGAGGCGCCUAGAGAACCAGGAGAUGGCUUAUGAAACUGACAUGAAGGUGAUAAAGUAUUCCUGCAGUGUGUCCACUGGGAAUUGAUCAGAGUGUGUCCCAUACUGUUUCCUCCCCAAGUAUACUGUCUAAACAUAAAUCUGUCCAGGA